CGCACGGGAAAAUUAUUGUUGUUUUCCUUUUUGCUUGUUUUCCCUUUCUCUGUCCGCUCGCUCCGCAGCAAGCAAGCAGUUUUCCCAACACCAAAACCGAGAGGCCAGCCGCCGCAGCUAGACGAGCUUUCGUUCGGGAACUGUGAAGUACGUUGGUUCAUUUUCUUUUGCGCGAUCGACGGAAUCCAUCAUCAUCAUCGCCAUCGGUUGUCGCCAUCCCCAGAUAUACAUACAGUGGAGAGAACAAGAAGCGACUUUUUCCUCCUUCCGUGUUGGAAUUGGUGUAUCGUCGCGAUCCGCGGUCCCGUCGUUGUUCCGGUGAAUUUUUCGUGAAAUUCGCAGUUUCUCCAGUGUUGGCCCGAGAGGUGAACGUUUCACGGAAGAGUUUCCUCUGAACCCAGAAAAAAAGUGAACAAAUUGAUUUCCGCGACUUGUGUCGGCUUUGCGUUACCAAGGGUUGGUGACUUUUGGAAAUCCGGGUGUUUUGCUGGGAAGAGUGUGGAAGCAAUCUAGGCUAUUGUCCGCCUGAAGUGCAGUUCAGUGGGGGAAAAGUCGUCCUCUGGCAUUUAGUGGUGCAUUUUUUCGAGACUUGCAGCAAUCAUCAUCGGCAGCAGAAAACGCAGAAGAAGCACCAGCUAAAAAGCGAAACUACAAUGGUAUCCACUCGUCAGAUGACCGGUGCCACAACGGAGGAAACUACUCUCUACCUGUUUCGCUCUUCAUCAGUCUCCACCAGUAGCAGCAACAGUAGCAGCAGCAGCACCAACCAAUCCAGCCAGCAGCCUUCCUCGUCGAACCGACCCGCCACCACCGCCACCACUCAGAGCCACCACAAUGGCGUCAGUGUCACAAAUGCCGCCAAUGCUGGCAGCAGUGGCUCCGGAUUGGCAAUGGUUCCGGUGGCGUUCAAUCCACUCCAGCACAUGCCACCGGACGAGGAAGGCCGUAACCUGCUGGAACUACCCGUCGAAAUUCUCGGCCACAUUUUCUCCUACGUGGGAUACAAAAAAGUGUCGCAGAUGCGAGUGGUACGUACCAAAUGUUUUUUACACAUGAUGUGAUGCCCAGUUCAAGGUAUUUGAAUAAUAAAAAUUUGUCGUUUUGCCGAUGCUAAACGCACGGGUAUUUAGUACGGGUGUUUGAUUUCAAUUUAUUAGGGGCAAGGUUGGUAGAGUACAAAGAUCACUUUUCGUUUUGCUCGAAUUUUCUCGAGCGUCGAUGCGGCAAAGCAGAUUGAUCUUUAAAUGCUACUCGUUGUUUGCUUACUUCUAGUGAAAACCGAGUAACAUUUCUAGAACAAUUUGUUUGACGCCAUUCUGAUUUGUAAUCACGAAUAUGCGAGGCAAAAUGUUAUGUUUGGUAAGUGGACGCUGAUGACUUUAACCUUAAAUUUUACGCAGUUUCUCGCAGAAUUGUUCCCGUGAUAACUCCUGAAGAUUUCGCCAGGAUUUCUUCCAGGAGUUUUCCCGAAUUCGCUCUCAGUGUUUUUUUUCUGAGAUUUGCUAGUGAAUUCUUUCCAUGAUAUCUGAGAAUUGUACCAUGAAUAUCUACCAAAGUUCCUUCUAGGAUCUCUGCACGGGGUUUCUGCAGGAUUACAGUCGGUGGCAAAAGUUUGUAAUCAAAAGCUGUUUACCAUACAAAGUGCUCAAAUUUAGGGCCUUCCAGUAGGCCGAUUUUGCAGAAAUUUGGACUAUGAUUUAGAAAUAAGGAGCGUAUCGAAAAUUAACUAUACAUGUUCAAAACGCUCUCGGUUUCUUAAUUUUGUCGUUGAACAUCCCUCGACUAGAUCGCAAUGCUGUUCUGGUAAACUGAAAUUCAAAAUAUAUGCAGAUCGUGGUCCAAAUUUCAGUCAAAUUAGACUACUAAAAGCUAAAGAUACAAGAGAUUUCUUUUAUUGUUUUUCCUGGUAUUGUUCUAGAGUUUCUUGGGUUAUCCCUUCUGGGGGUCCUGAUAAAAUUCUCCCAAUAUUACUACAGGGAUGUCUCUCAGUAGCUUCUCAACAGUGUCUCCAGGGAUUUUUGCGAGACUUCCGCAGAAAUGCUUCCAGGGAUUUCUCCUGUGAAUUUUCCGAGAUUUCUCUUAGAGUUCUUCCAGGUAUUGGUCUCAAGUUUUUCAGUUUCUCUCGGAAUCCCUUUCGGUAUUGAUUCUGAUUGUUUUUCUGAUAUGUCUCAAUUUUUCUCGGAAUUUCUUCCGAAGUUCAAUAGUUAUUCUUGAAGCUUAACGAUAUUUCCCAGGAAAUUUCUUACGUAGGCCAUUCCAAGAAAAAUUCUUGGAAAUCCCGGAAAUAUUCCCGGGAGUUACUAUUGGUGAAAUUCUAAUAGAAACAUCCAAAGAAACUUCAGGACAAUUUUCGGUAACCUCCGGCAGAAAUUUAAGAAAAAUAACGUGUUAAAAUACGAAGGGAAUCUUGCUUUCCGAAUAAUCAUAUGGAGCAAUAUGCAAUUUCUACGCGGAACCACAAACUUCCAGUAUUAUCCUUCAGCAAUACGGAGGAAAGGUUCGUUUUGGAGUGUAGAAUUAGCAAAAACACAAAAAUACCAGAAAACUUUGUUAUUCAUAUUAUUGCUCUGUAGAGUUUACUUCUAAUAUAUGCUACAAGAAGUAAAGUUUAUUCAAACAGCUCACUGAGUUCUAGAGCAAAGUGCCUAAAAAGGAUUCUCUCUGCCCAAAUAGUAGCAUACCCUAUUUGUACGUUUUUUUUUUUCGUUUUUUUUCUGGAAAAUCAACGAACUGAUUCGUGCAUACCGAAUAUCGCAUUUUUGCGCCAACACAUUUCCAUCAUCGGAGUAUGUUCCUCAAUUCUCCGUGUACGUACAUGUAUGUAGACCGAUUACGGUUUGCUAUUUUUCCCCUUUUUUGUCCCCACACCCUAACGAACCCAUCAAUAAUGCGUUGAUGCAGUACAGCAGAAUGUACUUACUGUGGGGUUGAGCAGACUAAAAUACUAUGUAGGCAUAGCGUUUCCUAUCAAGGGAAAGGGAAUCGACUGUCGGCUCGUUUGCUGGCGAUAUCGAUGCCGAUGGAAGGUUUGCCCUUCCCCCAUUCUGCCGUCCUUUGACGAUGUCGGAAAUUGCUGUGACAGUACGAAUAAAUUUCCGAUUCCAAUUUGAGAUCUUACGGGUUUGAUAGAAACAUUACGUUCAGAAGCAGAUACUUCUGAGUUCUGUGACAUGUGAUAAGGAAGGUAAAUUUUCCUGUAUUUAUGUAUGUAUUGACUUUUUUGAUCAUCAAUGGAAAUCUACAUGGGGGGAAGAGAAUGAAAAUAAUCUCCCAUUCGAAGCCCGUUCGCAUAACUUUAUUGUUAUAAUGGCUCUUCGAAAAUAUGCGUUGGAAUGUUCACCACGAGUCCUGAUGUUUCGAGACUGAAGGAUACUACAUGAGAGCAUCCUGCAACUCGAAACAAAACUCACCAUUCGUGUAUUUCCGCUUCGAGUAGCGUGAUGACUGUGAAUGUCGUGUAUUCUGAGGGAGACUAUUGUUUAUACUUUACACCGUUAAUUUUGUAAAACGAUCCAUGAAAAAUUGCCAAAUGAUUGAUAAUUUUUCAAUAUUCCAUAGAAGCAUACCAGAAAACAAUGAAGCAGUAAUUUGGAUCCAUGAAACAUUGUCGAACGGUUUCUUUCUUUUCGUAAAAUUCAAAAUAAGCGAAUUUCAGAAUUUCAUAAAUGAUCUAUAUUAAAUAAAAAUAAAAACGAUCCCUAAAAAAUAAAAACUGAUCCAGAAACGUAGGAAAACGAUCCAUAAAAAACAGGCGAACGAUCCAUAAAAAAUGAUCCAUAGGAUCCAUGGAUAAUAGGAGAACGAUUCAUAAAGGAAAUAAUCCAUAAAAAUUUAGAUGAAGCAUAAAUCCAUAAAAUUUAGAAAGUGAUCCAUUAAUCUACAGUGAUUUUUUUUAACGAAAUAGUCGUCCAAGGUUUUAUAGGAUCCAUAAUUUUAUGGAUCAUUUCCAAUAUUUUAUGAACCGUUCUCCUAUUUUCCAUGGAUCAUUUUUUAUAUUUCAUGGAUCGUUAUAUUUCUAUCGAUCGUUUUCCUAUUUUUUUCCCUUUGCCCGUGUGCGCCGGCCGAUAAUCCUUUAACGUGUAUCGCAGAAAAACUGAAUGCAGUGAAGCUAUAAAUAUUAUAUGCGCUUGCAAUUGAAAGUUAAUCAAAAUAUUAAAAUGCAUUUAUACAUUUGGUAAUUUAUGGACCAUCGACCGAUUGGUGGUAAACGUUCAGGUCUGGUUUCAAUCACUUACAUAACUUGGUUCGGUAAUGUGAUUGUUAGUAAGAAAUCAUUCCAAGAGGUUCCAACUUGGCUAAAAAACUACUAAUGGCUAAACUUGGCUCAAAAGUUACUAAUGUCUCGACUCAGUCAAGAGACAUAAAGAUAUCGUCUUUUACAGAACCGUUUAAGUGUAUAAGAGCCAUGUGUCGCAAAGAUGCCUAGUUAAAAAUUACCGCGCUUGAUGUAAUCAAUGUCACGGAUAGCUUGGUCUAAAUACUAGGCCUCCCCAAGUAACAAUGAAAGCUGAACAGUGAGAGUAUUAGCUGAACAUUGACUGCUUAGUGGUUUCAGUGGCUGAACACAAUAAUAGCGCAAUAUUGUUCUGAAGUAUCGCUUGUUCAACUUCUUUAAUCAGCAAUGCAUAUAUGGUUGAAUAUCAAGUUGAAUAGAAUCUUAUUUAUCUGUGUAACCAGCUUCAAAACAUACACCAACAUGCGGCAUUAAUCAUCUGUUGUUCAACCUUUAAUCAAAUAAUGUUUGACGGCUGACUCAAGUAAUGUUUUCGUAGAGUUCACUUUGCUUCUUCAGUCUCAAUACAGGCUAAGUUCAACUUAUAUUCUUGAUAACUCAGACACAACAAGUAAUGCUUUUGUUUUUGAGGAUAUGGAUACAAUUGUGUAUGGCUCGAGUGCUAAGGUGAGUGACUUUAAAUCACGUGACCCGGAUUCAAUUCCCAGUUUUCCAAUACAGUCCGGAUUCGCUGGUUGGGUCACGACUGCGCUAACGAAUCGUGUUCGUUCGUUGGGGCAACUGACAACUGAUCAAAAUGCUCUAGACACACGCAAGUGACGAGAAAUAUGUCACGGAAUACUCACAUACUUGCGCAAACGUUCUGUAUACAGGAACUGUGAUGCGACGGCGGUCGGACGUCAAACUCGUUUUGACAUCUAUUUUGACAUUGACAGUGCUUUUUAGUUGGGUUUUGCCCCAACCAGUGAACAUUCAACCAUCGAGACAGUCCAUCUAACGAGCUCUCAACGAACGAAUCGUCACUGUAGAAUAAUUUAUACAUUCCUAAACAUUUUUUCUGGAAAUUAAAAAGUCGGAAAUGGCAAAAAUAAGCUUACAAUUUUUUUUUUAAAUUUUGAAUCACAAAAAAAUUUGAUUGAUUAUUAUUGAUUUAGCACAUAUUAAGUCUAAACCAGCCUUUCAAUAAACCUGAAAUCAGCCAAUGGUUGAAUAAAAUCGCCAAAAUUAUAUGCUUAGGAGCUGAAUUAAGGAUUGUACCUAUUGUGCUCAGCUAUUGUUCAAAUGAAGGCUGCUUUGAAAUAGCUGGAACAACGUUUGUACGACAUCAAAUUGCUACCUGGGUCUUGCAGCAGGGAACUAUCUAUGGAAGUAUUCAGCAAUUCCUCCCGAUAAUUCUCCAUGGAUUUGUCCUAGAAUUCCUACCAGGUUUCAUCUUGUAAUUCCUUCCGGGAAUCAUUCAAGGAUUUGUUACAACAUAUAUCCUGGAAUUUUUCCCGAUAAUCCACUCAGUAUUCCUCAUGGAAGCUCUUCAAUUAUUUUUCUAAGGAUUACUCCAGGAAUUCUUCCGGGAUUUUUUCAGCGGUCCCUUUAGAAUUCGUUCAGGCAUUUCUCCCGGAAUUUCUUCCGAGAUGCUCUCAUAGAUUUGUCAUAGGCUUCCUACCAAGCUUCAUCUUGUAGAUCCUCCAGAGAAUCCUGUAGGGAUUUGACUUAGGUUUUCUCCUGAAAUUCCUCCCGGUAUUCCACUCAGGAUUCAUCUUAAGAAUCCUCCCAGAAUUCUGCUGAGGGUUGCUCGAGAAUGCUUUCAGGGACUCCUCCUGGGAUUCCUUCAGGCAUUUCUGUCUCUCGGAACUGCUUCCGAAAUGCUCCUAGGGAUUCUUUCCGGAAUUCUUUCAUAGAUUUCUCACGAGACCCCUUUGGGGAUUUGUUGUAAAAUGUCUCAUGGGUUUCUAUCAGGGAUGUCUGGUGGGAUUUUUUUAAGGAUUUCUUUUGGCAUUUUUCCCGGGAUUCUUUGAACGACUUUCCCCGGGUUUCCUUUUAUGAUUUUUUACGGGAUUCCUUCAUUGGUCGUUUCCGGAUUUCCUUUAGGGAUCUCUUCUACGAUUUUUUCAGGAUUUUGUCAAAGAUUUAUUCAGGAUAUUCCUUAUGGAACUCCGUUGGGAAUUUCUCCCGAGAUUUUUUCAGAGAUAUUUUCUGGCAUUUCAUCGGGGACUCCCAGAAUUCCUUCAUUUAUUCCUUUUUGGAUUUUUUCAGUGAUUCCUCUCGGGAUUCUUUUAGGGGUUUCUUCCUCCGGGAUUCUUUCACGAAUUAUUCCCAAAACUACAUCAGACAUUCAUGCAGAAUUCUUCUUUGGUUUUUCUCCCGGGAUACCUUUGGGUAUGUCUCUCGGGAUGUCUUCUACCUCCCGAUAUGUCUUCAUUGAUUUCUGCCAGGUUUCUUUUAGAGUUUCAUCCCGGGACUUAUACAGAGAUUUUCUCUGGAUUGCUUUAGAGAUUUCUCCCGGGACUUUUUCCGACAUUCUUUCAGGUUUUUGUUCCAAGAUUUAUUUAGAUUUUCCUGCUAGAUAUUUUCAAAGAUUUCUACAGAGAUUUCUUUCGGGAUUUCUUCAUUGAUUUCUCCCGAUAUUCUGUUAUGAAUUUCUUUUCACAUUUUUUCCCCAGAUAUCUUUAGCUGUAUCCCCCGGGUUUUUUUUUCCGGGAUUUAUCCAUUGAUCUCAACUUUAGAAAUUUUCAGGCAUUCCGUUAGCAAUCCAUUUCAGAAUUCCUCUAUUGAUUCUUUUAGCGAUUUAUUCCGGGAUUUCUGCCGGGAUUACUUCUGGUAUUCCUCCCGGGAUUCAUUCGCAGAUUACACCACUAGAUUCUUUCUAGGCUUUCUUUCAUGAUUCGCUUAGGUAUUUCUCCCGGGCUUCUCCAAGGGAUUCCUUCUGGAAUUCCUCCUGACAUUCCUUCAUUGAUUCAACCUCGGAUUUCUUCAUCGAUUUUCAGGUUUCCUUUCCUUAAUUGGUUUCUCCGGGGAUUUUUUCUAACAUUAUUUCAAGUUUGUCUCCCAAAAUAUAUUUCAGGAUUGCUACAGGGAUUCCUUCUGGAUACUUUCAGGGGCUCCUAGAAAUUUCUCCCGUGAUUAAAUAAUUGAUUCUUCCCGAAUAUUCUUUAGGAAUUUAUUCCUCUCUAGAUUCUUUUGAUUAUUCCAACAGGGAUACUCUCAGGAUUAAAUAAUUGAUUCUUCCCGGAUUUUCUUUAGGAAUUUAUUCCUCUCUAGAUUCUUUUGAUUAUUCCAACAGGGAUACUCUCAGGAUUUUCUCCUGGAACUCCUUCAAAGAUUUCUCCUGCUCGCGAUUCCUUCCGGGAUUUAUUUCGGGAUUUCUUCCGCGCUCCCUCCAGGAAUUUCUCCCGGGAUUCCUGCACUAGUUUUUCUUGAGGUUCCUCCAUGGCACAAAUAUCCCAAACGUGGAUAACGUGCCUCUGGAGCCAGCCUUCUGAUUCCAGGGGUUCCUCCAGGGAUGAAACGUUCAAUGAAUCCCGCAGGGAUUUUCCCUGAGAUUCCUCCAGGCAUUUUUCCAGGAUUCUUGACCCGGAAUUUCUUUUCAAAAGGACUUCUUUUGAGAUUCCUUCAAUAAUUUCUCCCAGGUAUUUUAUCCCGAUAUUCUUUCAGAAUUUUUUUCAAGAUAAUUUCAAAAAAUCUUCUAAGAAUUUUUUUAAAAGUUCUUCUAAGGAAAUUUCUUGAGAAAUUUCUGCUGGGAUUUCAAGUAUUCCUUCCGAUAUUCAUUUAGGGAUUCCUUCAGAGAUUUCUCUCUCAAUUUCUUCAAAGUCUUUCAAUGUUUCCACCAGAAAUUCUCCUCUCAGUGAAUCUUUCUGAGCUGAUUUUAAUGAUUUCUCCAGAAAUAUUUUCGGGUUUCCUCUACAGAUACCUUUUAGUAAUUCCUGUAGCAUUUCAUUCAGAGACUCGUCUUGACUCGUCCUUCCCGGAAUUGUCCCUGGAUUCCAGCAAUAGUUUCUUCCUGAAUUAUCCUGAUAUUGGAUACACAUUAUAUUCCGGGACUCCGACGGGGAUUACUUCACUAGAAACUCCUGAGAUUCGUUCAGGAAUUCUUCCUGGAUCUCACACCGAAUUCUUUCAUCGAUUCCUGUAGAAUAUCCAAUUGAACUUCUUUUUCAGAAUAUUUCAGGGAUUACUCCCUGAUAUUUUUGGAAUUUCUUUUCAGCAUUCUGCUGAGAUUCCUUCGGUAAUUUUCCCGGGUUUCCUUCAUGAAAUCCUUCCAGAAUUCGUUCAAGGAUGCUUCCCAGGAUUCCUUUCCUGAGUUGUCUCGAGAUUUGGUCUGGUUUCAGGUUUUUAGGUCCUACCGAUUUUCUUUCACGGAUUCUUUCAAAGGUUUCUGUUUGGAUUUCUUCAUGUAUUACUUCAUUGAUUUCUCUUAGCAUUCCUUUGGCGAUUUCUCGCGGUAUUCCUUCCGACAUUCUUUCAAGUACCUUCUGAUCCUUACAUACAUACAUUUAUUUGUUCAACAUCACAUUACAGACAAGACAUAAUCAACAAUAGUACGGUUUGUGACUGCCACUCUCCAUCCUCGGUCGCGCCCAAUGCUCGCCAGGUCACGCUCCACCUGGUCCGCCCAUCGUGCUCUCUGCGCUCCACGCCUUCUUGUGCCAACCGUAUCAGUAGCAAACAUCAGCUUUGCAGGGUUGUUGUCCGGCAUUCUUGUAACAUGCCCUGCCCACCGUAUCCUUCCGGCUUUGGUCACCUUCUGGAUGCUGGGUUCGCCGUAAAGUGCAGCGUGCUCAUGGUUCAUCCUUCUCCGCCACACUCCGUUCUCCUGCACGCCGCCGAACAUCGUCCUUAGCGCUCGUCGCUCGAAAACUCCGAGUGCUUGCAGGUCCUCCUCGAGCAUGGUCCAUGUCUCGUGUCCGUAGAGGUCCACCGGUCUUAUUAGCGUUUUGUACAUGGUGCAUUUGGUGCGUGGGUGAAUCUUUUUCCACCGCAGUUCUUCUGGAGCCCGUAAUAGGCCCGACUUCCGCUGAUGGUGCGCCUUCUCAUCCUUCUGAUAUUCAUUUAGGGAUUCCUUCAGAGAUUCCUCCCACGAUUUCUUCAUUGUUUCUUUAGGGAUUUUGCCCAGGAAUAUUUCAAGUACUCCUCCCGAAAGUCUUUCAGGGAAUCCUUCUGAGAUUCUUUCAAUGAUUUCUCCAGGAAUCCUUUGGAGCUUCCUUCACGGAUUCAUCUCGUAGGUUGAUGAUUCCUCCUAGGUUUAUCUUCCUGUAGGAUUUCGUUCAGAGACUCGUCUUGGGAUUCUUGCAUGGAUUGCUCCCCGGAUUUCUUAAGGAAUUUCUUCAGGAAUUCCUUCCGGAAAUUGUCCAGGUAUUUCUCCAGUGAUUUCUUCCUGAAUUGCUACUAAGAUGUCUUCGGGGAUUUUUCCUAAUGCGGGGUAUAAAUAAUCUUAUAAUAAAUAACAAUCCAGAAUUCCUGCGAAAACCGCUGGAAUGCGUUGGACCGUCUUUGGAUCUGACGAUUUUUAUGGAAAAUUCAACAGUCACUAUUUAGAUUACAAAUUCCUUCUAUGUUUUUAAUGAUGACUACUGCAUUAUCGGGCAUUUCAAGCGUCGACUUUCCAACCUGGUAGAAUCAGAACGGUUGUUUUGAUUUGAAAUAUUCCCAUUCCGGUAAUGGUCACCGCCACGUACAUUCCUAUAGUAACCUUCGAUGCCUGACUCCCAGGGGUGCAAUUUCCUGGAUAACUCGAUUCGCAUACGCUUCCAACCGAAGCGAUGGGAGGCGGCAUGAGGCGGAAGCCUCUCCAGCUUAGCUAGAAAACCAAGCGUUCGAGAAGGACGUGCCCCAAAUAGCAGGAUUUUUCCGUAUACAUUUUAAUUAAAAACCAUGCAUCCUGUAGCUCUAGACUCUAGAGUUACCGCGCGCGCACUAGAGCAAAAGAGCAUGUGUAUAACAAAGAUGUCGGACUGCUGCUGCUGCUGGGGCUGAUGGUGAUGAUGACGCUCCCACCACACACCGUCGUUCUAACUAAAAGGCAUCUCCCUGGAUUGCAUCGCAUUGGCGCGGUGGCGUGGCGGUUUACUAUACGUGCUUCCAUCUUGCACGGAUUUGGGCUGGCGGCGGCGGCGUCGUCGUCGUCCGUGCGGUUGUGUUCUGCUGCUCGUCGAAACGAGAGGUUUUUCCCGAGUAACGCCUAGACACAAAAAGCAGCAGCAAACUAAGCGGGCAUGCAUAGCAGAAGCAUAUACCUAGCUCUCGUUGGAAACGCAACGAAAAAAGCUGCAAAAGCUGAAGCAGUACACUCUCCCACAUUCGCGCCGCCGCCGGCCGUGCAUAUUCUACAUAUCAAUUUCAGCCACGUAGACUACAACAACGAUUGCUCGCUGCCAUCAUGCAAGCGGUGCAGCGGCGGGCAGUGUUGUGUGGUGCGGUGUACUAGAAGCACGGACCUCUGAUAGAGGAUGUGGCUUCCGGUUAGAAGCUGGGUUAAAAAAUAAGGUUAUGGUUUCAGUGGGAAAAGAUAGCUAUGGUAAAUAACAGCCAGCUUUGGAACGUUUUUUGAUCGGGGAUAGAACAAUAUGUGGCACCUAAUAAUUUAGAUCGGAAUUAGAACGUAUGGUUAUAGCGUUUACAGCAAAACUGCAGUGCAGAACACGGGAAUAUACCGUUCGUUACAAUAAAUAGUGCCGACAUGUAUCUAACGGCUUUUUUUUCUGUAACCGGGAUCCAUUCGUUGUGCUGCAAGAAUAGAUGGACUGGGCAACGUGUUACUUAUGAGGGCAAUGUUGUUCUGUGUGGUUUAGGAGGCAAUUUUAAAUCUUGCUAAACCUACGACAACAUACACUUAUCCGAGGUGGUUUGGCGAAGUCUACUGUUUUGACCCUAUUUAUUGUAUGAAGUAUACAGUGAUAGACAUUCGUUUAGCCGAGACCCAAAAAUUUUCAAAAAAGUGUCAGGAAAUUCAUACAAAAGAUUUUAUGAUAAAACUUUUUUAUGGUAGUUAUAGUCUAUCUAGUACUGUUUUAUGAAAAGGUAAUACAUCACACUUACAUAUACCCUGAAACAAAAACGAGGGUAAAAAGCCUUCAAAUGUCAUUUAUUGCCUAAACAUUCGUUUAGCCGAGGUGAAUGAAAAAUUGGUUUACAAUAGAUUUUUUGUAAUUUCGUGAGUGUAUUUCAAGGAUAUACCCCAAGGCAUUUAGUUUAUGACGUGUUAGCAAGAUUAUUUGCCUUAAAAGUUUAUUUAUUUGUAAAAUUUAAAGAAAUAUUACAAAAAAUUGUCCCGUGAAGGACAAACGAUGAUAAAUUAUCUUAUUUAAAGAAAAUGCCUUCUGUAGAUACUUUAAUGUAAGCUAGUUAAGUUGUUUUUAAAAUAUAACACAGAAUUAUUGUUGGAAAUGAUUAAAUUAUUACAUAAAAUGCCAAAGUAUAUAGGUUUUCAGCUGGUUAAACUUCAAAAUGGGGUUGGGUUCUGUUUAGUAAUAAAGACGUACCCUCUCCCUCUCCUCUUGGCGUAACGUCCUCACUGGGACAAAGCCUGCUUCUCAGCUUAGUGUUCAAUGAGCACUUCCACAGUUAUUAACUGAGAGCUUCCUCUGCCAAUGACCAUUUUGCAUGUGUAUAUCGUGUGGCAGGCACGAAGAUACUCUAUGUCCAAGGAAGUCAAGGAAAUUUCCUUUACGAAAAGAUCCUGGACCGACCGGGAAUCGAACCCGUCACCCUCAGCAUGGUCAUGCUGAAUACCCGUGCGUUUACCGCCUCGGCUAUAUGGGCCCUAAUGCCUCUGAAAUAUCUUUGUAUAAUACUAGCAUAACUAAAUAAAUUAGAAAACUGCCAAGCGAAAGAACUGCAAGAAGAGUCGGAAUUUUUGAACCCUGUUUAUUUUAAAGCAGAUGCUCAUACAAAAAUGCAUGACAUGGUCAAAACAUUGACUUAUUUCAUUGAAUCUGCAGAAAUAUUAUAAAUGAGUCUAAGAUUUGAACCACAUUCAUUUUUAACAUGACUUAUUUGAAAAGAACGUCUAAAUUAUGAAACAAGUAAUUCAUGCUAGAAAUUUGAAUACUUUGGGUGCCUUUUCUCAAAAUGUGAGGUGUCUAAUGUAUGCUAUUUCAGCCAGAAUACAGUCUAGCAAAUAUUAGGAGCUAUAAGAAGACGUAAUAGUAGUAAACGCUGUGAUUUAUGCAAGUUAAACUAUCAUAUUUCAUCACUUUUCACCUUUAAUUUGAAAUUAUGUUGGAACGUUCCAAGUAGUACUCUUUAGGCUUCUUUUUUCAAGCCUCUGGUGAAUGAUUGGUAAUUUCUUUAGAAAACUUAAUUAUUUUUAGUCGGAAUUUCUGGAAUAAUAUUUGAUGGGAUCCCUCGAGGGGGUUUCUGUUUGCAUUUCUAGUGAAAUUUCUGAAGAGCAACUGACGAAGUGCCGGGGCUAGGAUCGAAUCCAUGACCAUCCGCUUAUGAAGCGAACGUGUAGCCACUGCGGCUCGGGCCCCUGCUACUUUAUUGUUAGUUUGAAUAAAACAGUUUUCAAAUAUGUUGUAUUUAAGUCUUUCGAAUAUGAACUUUUUAAUAAAUAUUUUACCCUAGUUCCAGUAAAUACUUCUGAUAAGCCGACGAUUCAGAUAUAAUGCUGCAAAAUGUGUACGUGGAUGAAUCUAGAAGCUAAAAUCCAUCUAGAAACUCCGGUAUAAGGAUUUUUCCAGACAUUCCGUCGGGUUUUCUUUCCGAAACUUUUCUUAAAAUACUUUUUGGAAAUUCUCCUAAGAUUUCACACAAGAUUCAUCCCGUAUUUUCACGCCAUUUUUGGUAUUUCUUUUUAAAUUCCUCCCAGAGAUUUCUUCGGACUCCUACCAACAAUUGAAAAAAAUCCGGUAUUAUUCCUAGGGAAUCUCCGAGGAUUCCUGUGUUACGAUUGAAUUCUCCUGGAGUUUUUCACAGGGAUCCUACAGAAUUUCUUUCCGAAGUUUUCCCGGUAUUGCUCUCAGAGUCUCUCGUGAGAUUGUCCAACUCAUUUUUAGCUGGGAUAUUUCCCAAAAGUUUCUAGUGGGAUUUUUUUUGAAGUCUCAAGUUUCUUCCGGGAUAUCUCUCUGAAAAUUCUUUCCACUAUUGGUCCAACGAUAUCUCACAGAGUUUUCCAGAAUUCAUCCUGGACUUCUUCCUUAGAUUUUUCUGUAGUGCCUUUUGGAAUUCAAUGAGAAUCUGCAAAAACCUCUAAGAUAAAGCACGCGUGGAGACCCAAAACAAAUGUCCAGAAAGAAAUUCCUGGAAUAAAUUUUGCAAAAAUCCCCCAAAAAUCCAGAGUGAAACUGUUGGGAAGCUAUGCUAGAAAACCACAAAGAGAAGUUCCUAAAGGAACUUUGAAUAAAUUUUAAAUUGAUCUCCAGAAGGAAUCAGUGAGAAACUCUUGGAAAAACUUCGGGAAAUCCUCUUGAGGAAACCCCGGGGAAGUACUCCAGCAGAAGAAUCUUUUAUGGGAGCAAAUACAUAAAAACUCUCUAGAUGGAAGAGCAGGUUAAAGCCAGAGAAAAGCUCUGGCAAACCUUCAGGAGAAAAACCUUGACCAAAUUCAAGGCAGAACUCACGGGCGAAAAAUUGAAACUGCGAAAGAAUUUAAAGAAGGAAUUAUCGCGGAAAUCCUGGAUAAAAUUCAUGGAUAGAAUGUCGAAAUCUCAACAUUAAUAAGUACAUCACCUGCACAGAGAACCGAUAUCGAAGUUCAGUUUUAAAACUGUGUAAGGGAUUUAAAGGUCAUAUGGUCUGUGGAGACUCCUCAAUGUUAUUUCUUGAUUUUUGAGAGGGUUUUGAUAUAAUUUUCUUAAAGAAAUUUUCCUUGGGAUUGUCGAAACAAUUUCUUGCAACUGCUGACCGAAAAAAAAGCUCUUGGAAAAAUCUAUAAAUAAUCAAUUUUGCCAUAAAAAAUUCUUGGAAGAAUCCAGUGAGCAUUUUCGCUUCGUACUUAAUUUUUGAGGAUAUUUUAAUAUAGUUUUUCAAAAUUAUAUAAAUUUUAUAAAAUUUGGGGGUGAUUUUUGAAUAAUAAACUUUUGUGAUUUCUCCUGAAAAAACCUGGAAAAUUAAAAAAAAAUAUUUUGUCUUAUGAGUCGACACUUUGUCAUAAAAAAAUGUUCUAAGCUCUUCAAACAUUAUAGCAGUGAAUGAGAGGUGCCGGAGUUGAGUGCGGGAGUGCUUUAUGUUAAAUAAUUAGAGUGAGUGUUUGUUGAUGAGCUAUAGGUGGUCUAGUGGCUACUGCUUCUGAUUCAUAUCCAAUCCUGGAUUCAUCCUGGAUUCAAUCCCUGGCUCGUCCUUCUGCUUUGUAUCUCUCUGUCCACUUCUAGACUCUCAUACACAUGCCAUGCAAAUACAUAUAUCCAUCGCUAGCACCAGAAACUGAUAAGAAAAGUCGUUUCCCUUCCUUCCAACUUUCACAGCACAGUUUGAAUCUAUCACAUAAUGCCUACAAGUUAUGCAACCAACAUCCAAUGUUACGUGGCCAUGACAUACACUUACACCAGUUGCGCCAGACGGAACGGCAGUAACGGAAAAACAUGAUCAUCAAAUCAGUAAGCACAAUUCCAGAAAAUCCCUGGAAAAAUCUUUGGAGGAAUCUCUGUGGAAGAAAUCCAAGGCAUAGAGAAACUUCUGAAAAAUCCCAAGAGGUAUCACUGAAGAAAUCGUGUGUGUAAUUCCUGGAGAAAUCCCUGGAAGAAUCCCUGGAGAAACUAGCCGUGAAAUCGCGGGAAGAAUUCCUACAGUAAUUCUUGAAGGAAUUCCACAAGUUAUUUCUACAGAAACCUCUAGAGAAGCUCCCAGAUAAAUCCCUUGAGAAGUUUCUGAAGGAUUGCAAUCGAAAAAAUCGCUAAAGCAUUCCCAUGAAAAUGCCUUAUGAAAUCGUUAGAUUAGACGACGACUGUUUGGUAGACUUUUUGGGUAUUUUUGUGGCGUUUCAGUCUUUUCGGGGAUCAAAAACAACUAUAUGCUUUCAUUUCCAACGUUUCGAUCCUUAUUGGAUCUUCUUCAGGGAAUCGAAUGAGUAAGUUCUUCGUCUAGUAGUUGUUUUUUUUGAAACAUUUUAACUGCUAUUCUUUGAUUUUGAAAUUUGUCCGCUUUAUGGAACCGGAAAACCUUCAAAUAUCGAAAAACUGAUUUGGUAGUCGGAAUCCGGACCGCAAUCCACUAUUAGCACAUUUGCCCAAAAGUACACGCGGCAAAUCCCUGAGGAAAAGAACAGCCGCGUUUUUUGCUCCCCUUUUACUCCAUUCUUAUGGGAGAUAAUAUUGCGGCGUUUCCUCAAGUGCGGCUGUUCCUUUCCUCAGGCAUUUGCCGCGUGGAAUUUCGUGCAAAUGCGCGUUUGGAAUAUUGCAAAGGCCGCGCGGUGUAUUAUAUUCAGCAAACCAGUCAAUACUUUUGCGUUAAGUUUUCAAAAUGACCAUUUUAAAAAACUAGUAAGUCAUUUUGAAAACAUUACGCAAAAGUAGUGGAUUGCGGUCCGGGUUCCGACUACCAAAUCAGUUUUUCGAAAUGGGAAGGUUUUCCGGUUCCAAAAACGGUCAAAAUUCAAAAACAAGUAAUGACAGUUAAAAUGUUAAAAAAACAACAACUAGUAGACGAAGAAACAACUACUUAUUCGAUUCCCUGAAGAAGAUCCAAUAGGAUCGAAACGUUGGAAAUAAAAAAUCUAUAAUUGUUUUUGAUCCCCGAAAAGACUGAAAUGCCACAAAAAUAACCAAAAAGAAAUCGUUCGAUAAUUUUCUUUAGAAAAUUCUGAAAAAAAAAUCUUUUAGGAUUUUAGAUGAAAUUCGUGGAGAAUUCCACGGAAAAAUUCCUUAAACAAAUCCUCCAUGUAUCGCAGCAGAAUCGGGUUGGGUUAUUCUAGCGUGAAUUCCAGGAGAUCUCCCAGUAAAAAUUUCUAAAAAAUCUCAGCAGAGAUUCCGGAAGAAAUCACAAGAGAAGUUUUUGAAGUAAUACCCAGAGAUAAAUCUGUGGGAACACCAUGAGGAAAUCCUGAAGGAUUCCAAAGAAGAAUCCCCUAAAGUCUGUAGAAGAAACUAACGUUUGGUUUUGCGACUGUGUAUUCUACACGUGAUAGGAAUUUUGUGGCUGUGGCUGUCUGUGUGUGUGGGUAAAAAAAAUGUUCCUACAUCCGACGACAUUCCAAUUAUAUUUAUUAAACCCUAUUCAGAAAAGCCCAUGGGAAACUUUGUAAGGAAAUUUAUUAAAAUGAAAAAAAUAAUGAGAAAUUCCUGAAGGCAUUAAUUGAGAAUUUGUUAGGAAAUCUCUAGAGGAAUCCCCUGAGAUGUCCAGGAUAAAUCUCCGGUAGAAUUUCUUGAAAAAUUCAUGCAGGAAUUACUGAAGGAAUCCUAAAAGAUAUUACCGAAAGAAUUUCUAGGAAAAUCCCCAGAUAAAUUCACAGAAUAGUUCUAGGGGGAAACACUGGAGAAAUCCCUACAGAAAUCUGUGUAUGCAUCCCUAAGGGGUCCCGGUAGAAAUUCUUGGAAAAAAGUUCAGCAGGAAUACCAGCAAGAAUUUCUGGUAGAAUCAUAGCAGGAGUUCUAGAUGUGUCAUAAGCAGAGUUGAUGUACACGUGCUGUAGUCCCAUGUACGAGAGCCACAUUGUGCGCCUCAUUUUUCUCAAGAUGUGUCUCAUGAGCUUCGUCUCAUGCGCUGAUUAAAUUAGAAAAUUUCACGACAAAAACUUCCUAAACGAACGAGAAUUGAAACCUUAACCUUUGCAUUGAGAGUCCCUAGUCGUAUCGCAUAGGCCAACCAGACACUUGAGUUGUGUACGGAAAAAAGUUGUUGAGGUUCUUCGUUACCAAGAAGAUGUUUUUCACCUUAGAUACCAACAGCUCACGCAGGGCAUGAGACGAGCUCCCCGGGAGCUAUGCGCCAAGCUCGCACCCACCAGAUUUUCGUGAGCCUCCUAGCAGCGCAGCACACUGUGAUUUUGAAGAGCUGGGAGACAAUUUGGUGUGAGGCUCGCUGUCACAUUUUUGUACACAUGAGCAAUGGGAAACUCUGGUCAUAAGAGGAAUGCUUGUAGAAAAUCUUGGGAAUAUGUCUGAAGGGAUUGCUAUAUACAUCCCCGGAAGAAUGCCUGGUGAAAUUUGUGAAGGAAUUCCUAGAGGAAUCACAGCAAGAAUUUCUGGAAAAAUCCCAUCACGAAUUCCUGAAGGGUUUCCAAUGUGAAUUCUUUGAGGAAUUUCAAAAGGAAUUUAUGGUGGAAUCUCUGGAGGAAACAAAUCAUGGAGGAAAUCUCUGGAAGAAUACUGGCAGCAAUUCCUGAAAAAUUGCGGUAUAAAUUCCAGGAGUAGUUCAAGAAAAAAAGAAGAAACUUCUGCAUUUUUUAUGUUGGAUCCUGGAGCUGAAAAUAUUCUUAACAGCAGCGAUCUUCAAGUUACAUUUUUUGCUAUUGUUCACGUGCUCAAGCAACCUAUUUAAGAUAUUAUUUUCAGAUCUUAUAUCAAUAAAACCAGGUUCUUCAGUUAGCCUAGUGGUUAUGGCCGCCAAUUCGGAGACGGCGGGUUCGAUUCCCGUUCCGGUCGGGAAAUUUUAUCGACUCCCUGGGCAUAGUGUAUCAUUGUACUUGCCUCAUAAUAUACAAAUUCAAGCAAUGGCAGGCAAAGAAAGCCCUUCAAUCAAUAACUGUGGAAGUGUUCAAGGAACACUAAGUUGAAGCGAGGCAAGCCAAGCACAGUGGGGACGUAGAGUCAUAGAGAAUAAGAACAAGAAGCGAUCUAUUCUUUUGAUCUUCAAGUUACAAAACUCCUAUUGUUCAGAUGAUCAAAUUUUAGAUAAUACUAGCUGUCCCGGCAAACUUUGUCUUGCCAAACUGCUGUGGUUUGACAACUGUUAAGGUCAUCGCAGCAACGCACUCUAGAUUGAUUUAGUUAUGAUCACGCUGAAUUUGUUACUGGCUCAUCAAAAAUUAGUAUUUUCACAAUUUUCAUACUUUUUUAUAUGAUUUUCGUAACUUUUUCCGCAUAUAAACACAGCCACCAUGAAUACGAAUCAAACCCUGCAUAAGCCAUCCUGAUUGGUUCACCCGUUCUUAAGUUUUGUUGCCUCAAACGGACUUCAAACUCAUUUUUAUAUAUAUAGAUUUUCAGAUCUUCCAUCUCUUCAAUCAAACCAACAGAUUUUGAUUGUCAAUACUUUUCAUGUACUAGAUAGGUUUUGCAGGAAUUUCGACUACUCACUCGUAGUAUAACUUUUUAAAUGUUUUCUGUCAAAUCCUUCUAAUAAAAUCGUUCAUAGUAUUGAAUCCAUGAUAGGUUUUUUGACAUUUUAGGAAUAUUUAACAUAGUGAAAUCUGGUCUUACUAGUUAUUACUAGUUUAUUAGGAUUCACCACUGAAAACCAAGUCGAGAUUCUAAAUAUUCUGACGCCAAAAUAACUUAUGAUUACAUUUAUUCAACUUUAAUUCUAUAUGUUGCCAACAAGAAACUUGUCAUCGGCAGCGAAAUUUCCAGACCAACUUUGCAAAGCACAGAAAUGGAAAAGUUUUGCGCGCAGUAUACAUCAUCAGAAAUAUAAACUUCAUAUAAUCAUCUGUCACACUACUUGAAAAGUAAGCAAACUCGAGUAAUCGUAGCUGAAGGAGGGCAAAACUUUUCCCUUAGUUUGGACGUGCCUUCGUAUGCGCCACACUCUAACCAAGGUUUAGUUAGCUCACACAUCUGCGACAGCGACGCGAGUCACAUCCUUGCAUUCGAUAGCGAGAGCGUUAAUUGCCUUCUAGAACACUAAAACCCAAGUCUAGCAGGAACAAAGUAAUUCACUCCGUGGCUGGAGCCAGAGGGGGACACGUUGCGUUGUCGUGCUAUUCCUGCCCCUCUUUGGGAUGAAUUCCGAGUGGGCAGCAGCUCAAAAGCAUCCACGUUUCGUGAUACCUACAACAUCUGCAGCAGUUAGUUGCACUAGCCAGGCCAAGCCCGGGCUGUAGUAGCGAGCAAGUAUGCAAACCAGUAACGCGGACGAAAGAUAAACCAAAAGAAUAUUUUUCCGCAAACGAGCCUGCGGAAAAAGUUUGUGGACAUAAUACAGAACGCGCCGUCCUCGUCGUCCUCAUAGUCGUCGUCGUCGGCACAAGCGGUGGAAAAACCUCGGGAAAACUCUUAAUGUAAAAUUUACUUCGCCCCGUUUUUUUUCUCCUACAGAGGGAUGCAUUUGGGAGGUUGAGAAAAAACUACCUACUGUUGUUUACUUAUGAACUAGGUACACGGAACGAGGUUUUUGUUUACUCCAGAAACAUCGAAACUGAGCUGGGGGAGUUGGAAAAGCUCGUUAGCAGAUUGUGGUUGCAGUUUCGGGAUGUAAUCCCAAAAAGUUUGCAACUGACUGUUGGGGGAAUAUGAUCGGUUCGGUGAGAAACUUGAACAUCUAAACACCGAUGUGUUUGGAUUGGAACUGCAUACAUAAAAUAAUAAUGGUUAAUGUAGGAUUUUGGAGCUUGACCUACAUUUGUCUGACUGUCUGAGUUUUCUCGGUUGAUGGAUAAUCCUCUUCUUAUUGGGUUUUAUUUUUAGAAUAUUCAUAGUUCACGUGUUAUUCAAACUAAUAAUUUUGCAAAACAGUAACAUUGCAAGGAAUUACAUCAGAAAUUUCACCGAAAAUUCCACAAAUAAUUCCUUCAGGAAUUCCGUAACAAAUUCUAUCAGGAAUUCCACUGGUGAUUCCACCAGGUAUUUCACUGGGAAUCCCACCAGGAAUUCCUUCUGCUUUUGUACUAGGAAUUCCACUAGGGAUUUCUACUGAAUUCCACUAGAAAUUCCACUAGAAAUGCCUCUAGGGUUUCUACCAGGAAUUCCAGCAUUAAAUACACCACUCCAGGAAUUCCACUAGGAAUUCCUCCAGGAAUUCCACUAGGAAUUCCUCCAGGAAUUCCACUAGGGAUUUCUACUGAAUUCCACUAGACAUUCCUCUAGAAAUUCCUCAAGGAUUUCUACCAGGAAUUCCAGCAUGAAAUACACCACUCCAGGAAUUCCACUAGGAUCUCCUCCAGGAAUUUCACUAGCGAUUCCUCCAGGAAUUUCACUAGGAAUUCCUCCAGGAAUCGCACUAGGAAUUCCACUAGGAAUUCCUCCAGGAAUUCCACUAGUGGGAUGAAUUCCACUGGGAAUUCCUCCAGGAAUUCCACUAUAAAUUCCUCUAGGAAUUCCACUAGGAAUUCCUCCAGGAAUUCCACUAGGAAUUCCUCCAGGAAUUCCACUAGGAAUUCCUCCAGGAAUUCCACUAGGAAUUCCUCCAGGAAUUCCACUAGGAAUUCCUCCAGGAAUUCCACUAGGUAUUCCUCCAGGAAUUCCACUAGGAAUUCCUCCAAGAAUUCCACUAGCGGGAUGAAUUCCUCCAAGAAUUCCACUAGUGGGAUGAAUUCCACUGGGAAUUCCUCCAGGAAUUCCACUAUAAAUUCCUCCAGGAAUUCCACUAUAAAUUCCUCCAGGAAUCCCAGUAGGAAUUCCUCCAGGAAUUCUACUAGGAAUUCCUCCAGGAAUUCCUCCAGGAAUUCCACUGGGAAUUCCUCCAGGAAUUCCACGGGGAAUUCCUCCAGGAAUUUUACUGGGAAUUAAUCCAGGAAUUCCACUAUGAAUUCCUCCAGGAAUUCCACUAUAAAUUCCUCCAGGAAUUUCACUAGGAAUUCCUCCAGGAAUUCCACUAGGAAUUCCUUCAUGAAUUCCACUAGGAAUUCCUACAAGAAUUCCUUCAGGAAUUCCACUAGGGAUCCCUCCAAGAAUUUCACAAGAAAUUUUUCUACAAAUUCCACUAGGAAUUCCUCCGAGAAUUUCUUCACGAAUUACACUUGGAAUUUAACUUGAAAUUCCACCAGGAAUACAACUAAGAAUUCCAUCAGAAAUUUCGACAAAAAAAAACACCAUGAACUACACCAUGAAUUUCACCAGAUAUUGCGCCAGGAAUUCCUCCAGGAAUUCCAUCAGGAUUUCGACUUGUAAUUUCUCUAGGAGUUUCUCUUAGAAUUCCACUAGGAAUUUAAAGCUAGUAAUUCCACUCGGAAUUCCACUAGCAAUUCCACUUGGAAUUCUACCAGGAAUUUUCUAGGAUUUUUAAUAUCGAUUCAUCAAUUUCAUUAAUAAUUGCUUCAUGUUUUCCAGGAAUCUCACGUGGAAUUCCAUAAACUGGGAAAAAAUUAACAAACGAUUGCGCCAUGAACAUAAACUUUGGAUGGCCUACAUUCACCACAUUUGAUAUAAUUUAGAAGUCGGUCCAACCUAAAAAGUUUCCAUGAGUGCAUGAAAGGAAGCAAAAACUAUUUUACAGCCAUCCCAUCCAAUCAUUAUGUUUCAACUACUCCAUCAACUCCAUGCAAUCGUUUCUAACCCUACCCGUUUUGCAUUAAUAUCGCUACAAUUUAACCUCUAAAACCAACAACCAUAUUUCCAUUAACACUCCAUUUACAAGCGAGUGCAAUUUUAUUCCCGUAGUAACUUAACCCCUUCGGCCCCAGCCCCCAGCCGACCCCUCCAUGCAGUGGCACACUUUCCCAGAGCAUCAACCUGCCGCCGAGUCGUGUCGACGAGCGCUCAGCUCAGUUCAGCUCAUCCAGGCUGCCAUGCCAGUAGCAUCAUAUGUUACCUACAACUUUUCACCACCAAUCCAACUCCAACAUUUGUUAUAGUUGUGCAUAAUUCACAAUGUGGUAAAUUGUAUAACCAAAGUUGUUGUAGAUUUGCCAUCAAACCGGUGCGCGAGUGCAUUGCCUGGACUGGAUGGAGUAGUGCUGUAGGCAGGCAAACGGCAGGGCAACAAUGUUGCAAUAAUUGUACCAAUCAGGAAGAGCGGAACGCCCGGAUCGUUUGGAGCCGGCGGCGGCGACCCGCUCGUCGUUGUACCCCCGUUCGUUCGAGUGGCAGCCAAAGUGCCUGACAGGAUUGGUUCGUCGCGCACUGCCCUGCCGCACGAGCGACACAUAAAACAAGCGUGUCCCGAGUGGAAGAGUGUUUAAGAAUGAGAUCAACAGUUGGUUUUGUGGGGUUUAGAUGCUAUUUAGGUAUGUCAAAGUCUACCAAGCAUUCCUUCAUGAAAUCUACCAAGAGCUUCAAUUAGGAAUUCCACCGGGAUUUUAAAUAUGAAUUUCAUUAGGAAUUCCAUCACAAAUUUCAUUUAGUAUACCACUAAGAAUUCAAUCAGGAAUUCUUCAUUAGGAAUUUCACAACGAAUUCCACCAGGAAUUCAACAAGGGAUUCCCCCAGGAGUUCCACAAGGAAUUCCACCAGGAAUUCCACAAGGAAUUCCACCAGGAAUUCCACAAGGAACUCCACCAGGAAUUCCACAAGGAAUUCCACAAGGAAUUUCACCAUGAAUUCCACAAGGAAUUUCACCAGGAAUUCCACAAGGAAUUCCACCAGCAAUUCCACAAGAAAUUCCACAAGGAAUCCUGUCAGGAAUUCCACAAGGAAUUCCACUAGGAAUUCCACAAGGAAUUCCACAAGAAAUUCAACAAGGAAUUCCACUAGGAAUUCCACAAGGCAUUCCACAAGGGAUUCCACCAGGAGUUCCACAAGGAAUUCCAACAGCAAUUCCACAAGAAAUUCCACCAGGAAUUCCACAAGGAAUUCCACUAGGAAUUCCACCAGGAAUUCCACCAGAAAUUCCACCAGAAAUUGCCACAAGGAAUUCCACCAGGAAUUCCACAAAGAAUUUAACCAGGAAUUCCACCAGGAAUUCCACAAGGAAUUCCACCAGGAAUUCCACAAGGAAUUCCACUAGGAAUUCCACCAGGAAUUCCACCAGAAAUUCCACCAGAAAUGCCACAAGGAAUUCCACCAGGAAUUCCACAAGGAAUUUCACCAGGAAUUCCACAAGGAAUUGCACAAGGAAUUCCAUCAGGAAUUGCACAAGAAUUGCACCAGGUAUUCCUCCAGGAAUUCCACAAGGAAUUCUACCAGGUAUUCCACCAGGAAUUCCACAAGGAAUUCCACCAGGAAUGCCACCAGGAAUUCCACCAGGAAUUCCACCAUGAAUUCCACAAGGAAUUCCACCAGGUAUUCCACCAGGAAUUUCACAAGGAAUUCCAUCAGAAAUUACACAAGGAUUUGGAUCAGGAAUUCUACCAGGUAUUCCACAAGGAAUGCCACCAGGAAUUCCACAAGGAAUUCCACCAGGAAUGCCACCAGGAAUUCCACCAGGAAUUCCACCAUGAAUGUCACAAGGAAUCCCACCAGGAAUUCCACAAGAAUUGCACCAGGUAUUCCUUCAGGAAUUCCACAAGGAAUUCCACAAGGAAUUCCACCAGGUAUUCCACCAGGAAUUUCACAAGGAAUUCCAUCAGAAAUUACACAAGGAUUUGGAUCAGGAAUUCCACCAGGUAUUCCACAAGGAGUGCCACCAGGAAUUCCACCAAGAAUUCCAUAAGGAAUUCCACCAGGUAUUCCACCAGGAAUUUCACAAGGAAUUCCGCCAGGAAUGCCACCAGGAAUUCCACAAGGAAUUCCACCAUGAAUUCCACAAGGAAUUCUACAAGGAAUUCCACAGGGAAUUGCACCAGGUAUUCCACCAUGAAUUCUACAUAUAAUUCCACCAGGAAUUGCACAAGGAAUUCCACCAGGAAUUCCACAAAGAAUUCCACUAGGAAUUCUAAUAGGAAUUCCACAAGGAGUUCCACAAGGAAUUUCACUAGAAAUUUCACAAGGAAUUCCACCAGUGACUCCACCAGAAAUUCCUCCAUGAAUCCCAUGACUUUCACCGAGAAUCAAUAAUUCUACUAGGACUUAUUAUUCUCUUCUAAAUUUGUUAUUCAUUACUUCCCGAGAGGCAGUGCUGCACCUUCACCAUCGCCUGCCUCGUUCCACAAGCCCCAUCAUCCAAAUGGCAACCAUUUGUGCGAUGAUAAUGGGUAGUGUGCGCCCCCGGGGGUUGCCUGGACUCGGGAAUUCUGUGGUCGCACGUUUUUUUUUUCGUCGUUUUGCUCCUCUCUGAUAGGUCGGUAUUUCCGUUAGGUACCUAUUCACCUUCAUCAUCGCAUCCAUCGCAUCGGGGUGAAUGCACAAUACGAUGGGUAAAUCGUUCGUGUCUAUUUGGACGUGAUUGCCCUCUCUGUAACCUGUAACGUCCCUCCUGCGGUGUUCUAUCCUUUAAAAGCGUAUGGUUAUGAAACGUAUCCUAGCUAGGAGGAGAUACCUAGUUGUUAGUUUUUUUUUUUGGUUUGAUGAAACCUAUAUGUGCCGUCAAUUUGAGUGAAGUAACAAUUCACUUUACCCAGUGAUGCACAUAAUUGGAAUAAGAGUAUCAGUUAUGGUUUCACAAACUAUUGUUUAUCAGGGGGCCAAAGAAAAAUUUAUUUAUUCAUAAGCCUUUUAUUUUUGUAUAAAAUUUACUUUCAAAAUUAAUAUGGAAAUUCUUCUGAGACGUUUUCCGUAGAUUUCACAUGGAAUACCUGUCUGAACUUUCUUACAAAUAAUUCGGUUUUUUUUUCAGAAAAAAGGAUAUAACUCUAUCAGAAAUGCCGGUUGUAUUUUCUUCCAACUUUCCAGUAGAAAUCUCACAAGGAAUUCUUAUAAAAAAUGCUCAUAGAAUAUCCUUUAGGACGUCUCCACAAAAUCUCCGUGAUUCCCCUAGCAACCUCCCAGGAAUUUCCUAUACAAUCCACACAGCAGUUCCUUCAUAAAUUCAUCUUGAAUCUUCCUCAAAAUGUCCACAGAAAUCUCGCUCGAAAUCCCCUUUAAGAAUUGUCUAAGAGCUGUCUUUCAAAAUUUCUAUGAAAAUUGCUCUAGGUAGGUUUAGGUAUUCUAUCAGGAAUCUACCACUAUCAGGUAUCAGGUAUCAGAAGGCCGGCUCCAGAGGCACGUUAUCCUCCAUUUGGGACAUUUGUGCCAUCGCCAUACAUAUGAGCCUAUUUCAUCAUUUACCUGAGGGAGAAUGGGACAAGGGAUGGGAAUUGGGAAAGGGAAAGGUGAUGAAAUAGGAAGGGGUGCCCUAGAAGAGGGAAUGAACGCAUAAGCGCAACGAGAGCUCAUAGCUCAUACCACAACGGGGUUAAUCAGUGCCCUAAAAGGACACUGUAAAACGCAUAAGCGUAAAAAGAGCCUAUAGCUCAUUGGAGGUAGCUUGCGACGUCAUGCGAUUUUCAAUAUGACAUAGAAAGGCACGUCAUCAAAAGCAUCCUCAAUAUUCAAGAAAUCACCCAAGCAAAAACUACGUUUGAGCGAGUGCUUUCUUGAAAACGUAUACAACUUUGUGUAAAAGAGUCACUGUGGACAUCCCAAAAUUUUUGGGAGACAUGUGAGUUCACAUGAACAGGCAUGUUAGCCAGACGAACAUCACAGAUGUGAUAAUCGACAAUGCGUUUCGAGCAUUUCAGAAAGAACGACGUAACCAGAUAAAUCUGGAAUUUAUUCCUUCUUUUUACAACGCACGCACCCUUUCGGGAAAAAACUACAGAGCAAUU